ACAUGUCACUUGUGGAAAACGAAAGAAUCUGCAGAGACAAUGACUGGAAUUGAACGGUCCAGUCCAACGGGAAAAGGUGGAAUCGAAUUCUUCAGUGUGGACCAGGCCAUCUCCAUCAUUGACUAUUUCAAGCCCAGUUUAUUUCAACAUUAUAAACUAUACGAAUUUCUCUUCAGCCAACCAAAAGACAAGCUUGUUCUAGACCGGGAAGAAAACGUUGAGGUUAUUAAGUCAACAGAGUUCCCAUUCCCAGCUCCACUUGAGGAAGGCCUGUCCUCUGACAUCUACUCUCAGUUUAUAGCACCGGCCCCAGCAGAACAAAAUGCCGAUGAGGUAUUAUUAGAAAUAGUAGGAAUGGAUGUCCUUUGAGAUCAGUUCAUUAUCUUACAGUCAGUUCUCGUUAAGACAAAUUUCAAG